CGAGGGACGUGGGCUGCCCCGCCGCGGGUGAGGGCCGCUCUGGAGAGCGCGGUAUCCCAGCAGAGGGGGCACAGCCGGGAGCAGGAAUGGGAGGCUCGACAGCCAGGCCGCUCUCGAGGUGACUAGAAGUACAGGACCGCUUAACGUCACCCUCACUACAUCAAAUUCCCGCGUUCUUCUACUGCGCACGCGCUGCUUUCUUUUGCCAAUUGACGCCACAAUAUGCGCAUGCGCAGUAUUCCCCCUUCUUCCCACAAGACUGGUUUAGUGCUCUAUAAUCCGAGGACGCAAUUUGUGCGCAUGUCCCUACUGUGACGCAUGCGCAUCCUCACGCUUAUCGCCUCGGGACAGGUCGACUUGUCUUACCCCCAGCGCAUGCGCGGCUCUGCUUCUCCAUCGGGCUCAGCCCCGCGCCUCCCGCAGAGCAUGCGCAGUUGCGUAGCUCCCGUUCGGAGCGGCUGGUGUGACAGCGGCGGCGGGAGUCCGCGAGCGCCCUGAGGAGGGAGGCCCCGAGCCCGCCGGAGCCAGCCGGGGGAGGCGGCUCCAGUCUCCGGCACGAUGAGUAUCGAGAUCCCGCCGGGCCUGACCGAGCUGCUGCAGGGCUACACGGUGGAGGUGCUGCGGCACCGGCCGCCCGACCUGCUGGGCUUCGCUGCCGACUACUUCACCCGCCUGCGGGAUGCCCGCGACCAGGAGGCCGCCGCCGGGGCCCGCAAGGGGGUCAACUUCGACGGGGAGCCCAUGCAGACCGAGUCCAACGGCGAGGAGGAGCCCGGGCGGGACGACGAGGACUCCGACUCCGACUUCGAGCCUCCAGUUAUUAACAGAUUUAACAGAAGAGUAUCAGUUUGUGCUGAAGCCUUCAACCCAGAUGAGGAAGAAGAAGAUACAGAACCAAGGGUAGUUCAUCCAAAAACAGAUGAGCAGAGAUGUAGACUGCAGGAAGCAUGCAAAGAUAUACUCCUCUUCAAAAACCUAGAUCAGGAGCAGCUGUCUCAGGUUCUUGACGCCAUGUUUGAGAGGAAAGUGAAACCUCAGGAACACGUCAUUGACCAAGGAGAUGAUGGAGACAACUUUUAUGUCGUUGAGAGGGGAUUGUAUGAUAUCUUUGUAACACGAGACAGCCAGCCUCGUUGUGUCGGCCGUUACGACAAUCACGGCAGUUUUGGGGAACUGGCGUUGAUGUACAACACUCCUAGAGCCGCUACCAUUGUUGCCACAACAGAAGGAGCCCUUUGGGGACUGGAUCGAGUGACAUUCAGAAGAAUUAUAUUGAAAAACAAUGCGAAGAAGAGGAAGACUUUUGAAUUAUUUAUUGAGUCUGUGCCCCUUCUUAAAUCGCUAGAGGUUUCAGAACGAAUGAAGAUAGUUGAUGUAAUUGGGGAGAAGGUGUAUCGAGAUGGGGAGCGCAUCAUUUCUCAGGGUGAUAAAGCAGACAGCUUUUACAUUGUAGAGUCUGGUGAAGUAAAAAUCUUGAUUAAAAGCAAGACUAUGACAAGUAAGGAUGCUAACCAGGAAGUGGAGAUUGCCCGGUGUCACAAAGGACAGUAUUUUGGAGAGCUUGCACUUGUUACCAACAAACCCAGAGCAGCCUCUGCCUAUGCUGUUGGGGAUGUCAAGUGUUUAGUCAUGGAUGUGCAAGCAUUCGAGAGGCUGCUUGGCCCCUGCAUGGACAUUAUGAAGAGGAAUAUAACACAUUAUGAGGAACAGCUGGUGGCAAUGUUUGGUUCGAGCAUGGACCUAUUGGAUCCGGGGAAUUAGGCACAGGGUACUUUAGUGCCUUCUCAGUUCAAGACACAGAAAAGUCUCCUAUCAGCAACACAACACAUAAGGAAAAAUGGACACUACAGAACAGUUACUGCUGCUGUCUUCUUGGGCAUUUUAGAAAUAAAUAAGUCUCAGCACAGAUGGAUGGGGAGAGGCUCACUCCAUGCCUCCACUUUGCUGCUGAAAUUUCAUUAUUAGGCUUAGUUUAAAGAUGAUUCUAACCCUUCUCUCACUUGUUUGGCUCCGAAUGGCAUGUCUCUCCAACCAUUUAAGUGCCUGAUGCAAAACCCAAAGUGUAAAAGAUACAGAACCUUCUUUUUCUUUCUCAUUUUAUUGUUGUGGUAAAUCUUCAGAGCAGAUCUGUAAUGACAGGCUGCUUAUUGUCCCCCAGGGAGCAGCCUUCUCUUUACAGUCUGUUAAUAUCUUCCUUUGACGCUUCCUUUACAUAAUGUCAAAAAUUUAAUUGUAGCAUUUGGGUUUGACAUCGAAUAUAUCAAGGGGACUUGAAAUUAUCAGAGCCAUUGAAUAAGUUGGCAUUGAGGUGUUCCUGCCAUCUGCUGAAAGCUUCAGGUAUUGCAGUUCUGUAAUAAAACGAUAAACACACCUGGGGGCACAAGAAAUAACUGCUCGAUACUGAAAUGCAGAAAAUGAAGAAUGAUUGACUUCUGAACAUUUUCUGAGCAGUAAAGAGAAUUGGUUUAGUCCUUCAUGCUACCAAACAUAUAUGCAGAGAGUUUGAUAGUGGUCCAGCAGCUCCAGGGCCUGAAGGUGCCAUAGCUGUAUCAUCCCCAUCUCCAUUUCUUAAAGUGGGCAGAUUUUACUGCUGAGAUGUUGCAGCACAUGACCCUCUCCUGCUUUUAGAGAGAUCCUUUGUACUGUUAGAUUUCACAGGGCGUUGCUGUUGUCUGGAUCAGUUUUAAAACUCUCUUUUUAAGGAGGUUAAUUUUGUGUAAUUUAAAGGAACAAUAUUUAUGUAAUUAAGCAGCUCCCCCUAAUUCUAAUAUUUUGUAAUAUUCUUUAACUUGAUUGGACACUUAGAUACUUUCAGAUGCCAAGUCUGUUUGUUAAACCUUUCAGAAAUUAGCAACAUUUGACUUCAUGAAGCAAAUGACUUUGCUAACUAGGCAGUUGGUGUAUUUGGAGUGGUCUUUUGAUUUAGGUAACAGUUCAGUUAAAGAUAUGUAUCUGUCAAAUCUGCAGCACUUAUUAGGGAGACUUCUAUUUCUAUAGAUCAUUGACCUUAAGGCACAUCCUGAUGAGAUUUUAUCAGAGUAUUAUGGUAAAAAAUAAAAUAUUUAUAUAAAGGAAAAGCAUUGAAUUUGUAGGUAAUAAGUCUAGUGGUCCCCUUUCCAUUUUCAGUCUUCUAAAUUUAUGUGAAACUUACCCACGUUUCUGGGAUGGUGAAAUUUUAAUUGCAGACUCUGAUGGGUAGAACUGAACACACUGUCUAGUUUUUAUGAUCACCUGAGCAAGGGGAGAGAAUUAAAAGUUUAUUAGAGAAUGUUUAUAAAUAGAUGAUACAGAGUUUGAAACAUCAGUUAUUGGUCAUCGGGGGUAACGUACAGAGUAUAGGGGGAUGCUAGUAUUUUGGUAUUGGACAGCACAUAACAUAGACAGUCUGCAAUGUCCCCAAUGGGGGGGUAUAUGGUGGGUGAGAUCAAGAUACAGUCAGGAAGCAGUGAAGAUACAUCACUCAUACAAAGAGUUACAGACAGUCAUGGGUAUAAAUAAGUGGGCUGGGUAAUGCAGAUAGGAUGACCCUCACAUGGUGGAGUUCAGUUCGGUUGGUUCAGGACUCGGGGAUAAAGUCCAGCAGGGGAAGUUUACAGGUCUCUUCUCCCUUGUGGGUGCACGAAGUCACGCCGGCUCACUCUUGGUAUUGGCGGUGGCCGGUGAUGUGCUCUGUGUAAAUGUCUCUAGACCAUCGAAUAGUGUCCGAGACCAUUUCCUGCUUGUUAGCACACUAGAAAUCUGCUCUUUUUAACAAGUGGAAGGUGAAGAGCUACGACACGGAGUUGGCUGCUAGCCUGUAAUAUUUUCCUCACUCCUCCCAGCUCCUGCACUUGUUCUGUAAAGUUGGAUCCAUAAUCAGGUUGAGGCUGUACGGAUGUUGUCUAGUUACCGUAGACUGCAUUACGCUUUCAGAUGAUGGACUGGUUUGUAAUCAAUACCACUGAACAAGGUGUGCCAUGGUGGUACCUAGUUGCCUCCAUUCUUAGCACAGUGUGUUUUUCCCUGCUUUACUGUACAGCUUCUUCAGUUCUGCAAAGCUAAAAAAGCGGCAGGAACUGGAAUGUCAUUCAUGCUUCUGAGGUUUAACACUAAAAACACUCAUAGUCUUUCUUUGUAAAUUAUAGAAUUUAAAAAAAAAAGAACAGAUGGCAGGUCCUCACGCUGAUACCUGAGAGAUUAGGAUUCAGAAGUAGACGCGGGCUCCCAAGCCAGGCCAGCUGUGGAUUGUCCAGGCAAUUGAGAGACAGGCUGGUCUCCAAACCCAUCUGAGUUUCUGUACAGCUUAAACUGUCACAUGAACCAAAGAGGAUCUCUCUGAAUAAAUAUCCUCAACCAGCUUUGGUCCUUCCCAUACGAAUGCUUCCUCGGAUGCCCCUCCCUUGUAUCCACUGGAGUGGAGCAAGUUUGGCUACAUUACAACUUUCAGUUCUCUGCAUUACAGGUCUCGGUGCCUCAGAAUAUGCAAGCCUUGUAAAUGGUACGAAGCCUGGCCAAAAGGAAGCAAAAAGUCUACUGGGUAACCUUGUUAGGGCCUUAAGGAACUUCUGCAGAGGGAGGGAACAUGAGGCCAUGGACUCAGAAAGCUAGAGGUCCCAGAUGAGGGAGAACAGAUUUACAAACCUCUACCCAUCUCUAUGCUCCUUGAACACAGUAGAGUGGCAUUAUCACACAGAGCCGUGUGACACCCAGUGUCAGAUGGGACACUGGUAUGAUGCAAGUGAGCAAUUGAACUUUGAGCAGAGAGAAUGAACCUGUAAGGGCUGCGGCGUUAUCAGUUUAAAGUCCAUCAUUUGGGAUUUGCCUGGCUGGUCUGGUUUGUUUUAACCAAUUUGCUUUGUAGUCUUUUGGGAGUGGGGACAGGCAGAUAGGGAGAGGUGACCUACAGAAUGUUAUUCAAUAGCACCUUUGUCCUUUAUUCAUACUCUGGCUAGCCAAAGUCAGAGUGCUUGAAAGUAGAGAGAAAAAACUGACCGAGACAUUGGCCAAUAGUUAUGCAGCUGCAUCACCACAUCCCUGUCUUACUCCAGCCACUUUUGUUUUAAUGACUCUAAUGGAUGUGAGAGUUUCUCAGGUGGUAUGGCUCUGUGGUCAGUAAAUCUGCCAUGGAUUCUCAGCAAUUGGUAGUGGAGAGAGCUCUAGUUUAAUAAGAGAACUCAGCAGCAAAGUGGGUAAGAGAAUGGUGACCUUGAGAUUUGGAGAAAUAUCUGUCUUAUUUCUGAUUCUCUGCUUGUGAUUUGUUGUGAAGUCAGUGAGAGGAGCUUUCAGUGGUCAAGUGCCCUGGCAUAUGGUAUUUCUGGUUAACGUCACAGCACAGGUUUCACAAUGUACAAAAAAAAAAGCUGUCUCUUUUUAAAAAAACAAAAACAAAGUGCAGUUUUGCACAGAGGAAAAAAGAAAAACCCCUUUGAAUGUCACUUUCCAUUCUCUUUCCUUUUCAGUUAGCUGAUGUUGGGACUCUGGUUCUUGACAUGUAUUUGUAAACCAGUCUUGCCAAAAUACAAAUGUGUUGGGUUUUUUCACUCCAGCUACCUUUUGUUGUUCUUAGUUAUUCUGUUUUCAGUCACUUCAACCAUAUGCUUUAUUUCAAGAGGCCUUCCUUGUGAUUUCUCUCUUUACAGGCUGUAGUGUUAUAUCAGUAUUUAAAGAUGCAAAAGAAAGCACUAGCCUCAUAAGAGAAUUACUGAAAUCCAUUUAGCCUGGCUGGAGCUAAAGAUGUGCUACCAAUAUUUUUCUCCACUCAGAAAAAAAAUGAAUUCUGCAUAAAGAUGCUACCUCAAGGCUCCAAGUGCUUUAAAGGUCUUUCACCUGGGAGAAUUCCAUAAGUCAGUUUUGCGAAUUGGUCUGUUGCAUUGAGUUAAAUGUUUAUUGAUUCAUUGGGAGACCCAUAUUUUAUUAAGUCAUUUUACUACUAGUAUUUGAUUCUCAAAGGAUGAGUGAUUGCAGAGAGAUUGAUUCUUGCACUAUCAUGUUGACAGUGGGGGGGGAAAAAUUCCUGCCAUAUAAGCUUGUAGUUUAAAAACAUUCUGGGGUUCAGCUUCACUUUUGGUUAAUAAAAUGCUGACAUGUCGUGUCCAGCUUUCCUGGUACAA